GGCCGGAGGCGGCGGCAGCGAGCGCCGGGCGGUUUCCCUGGAGCGAUGGCGGCCGGGCGGGUUACCAUGUAGCGGCGCUGGCUGGCAGCUCACUGGGUGGCCCUGGUGCUGGGAGGCAGGACCUUGGGCUCCAGCCCUGUGUCUUAGGACUCCGGGUGGGAUGCUAUGGAAUAUGAUGAGAAGCUAGCCCGGUUCCGGCAGGCCCAUCUCAACCCCUUCAACAAGCAACUUGGGCCAAGGCAGCAUGAACAGGGAUCCAAUGAGGAGGCUCAGGACACUACUUCUGAAGAGAUCCUUCCUGAGUUGUCCCCUGGGGAGCCUGAGUUCCACUGCUCUGAGCACAUGAUGGAUCUUGGCCUGUCUGAAGACCACUUCUCUCGCCCUGUGGGUCUUUUCCUUGCCUCUGAUGUUCAGCAGCUGCAGCAGGCAAUUGAGGAAUGCAAGCAGGUGAUUCUGGAGCUGCCGGAGCAGUCAGAGAAGCAGAAAGAUGCUGUGGUGAGGCUUAUCCAUCUGCGGCUAAAGCUCCAGGAGCUGAAGGAUCCCAAUGAGGAUGAGCCUAACAUCCGAGUCCUCCUUGAGCACCGCUUCUACAAGGAGAAGAGCAAGAGUGUCAAGCAAACCUGUGACAAGUGUAGCACCAUCAUCUGGGGCCUCAUCCAGACCUGGUACACCUGCACAGGGUGUUAUUACCGCUGUCACAGCAAGUGCCUGAACCUUGUCUCCAAGCCCUGUGUGAGCUCCAAAGUCAGCCAUCAGGCUGAGUAUGAGCUGAACAUCUGUCCUGAGACAGGACUGGACAGCCAGGAUUACCGCUGUGCAGAGUGCCGGGCUCCCAUCUCUUUGCGGGGUGUGCCAAGUGAGGCGAGGCAGUGUGAUUACACUGGCCAGUACUACUGCAACCACUGCCACUGGAACGAUCUGGCUGUCAUUCCCGCACGAGUUGUGCACAACUGGGAUUUUGAGCCACGCAAGGUUUCUCGCUGUAGCAUGCGCUACCUGGCACUGAUGGUAUCCCGGCCAGUGCUCCGGCUACGGGAGAUCAACCCCCUGCUAUUCAACUAUGUGGAAGAACUGGUGGAGAUCCGGAAGUUACGCCAGGACAUCCUGCUCAUGAAGCCGUACUUCAUCACUUGCAAGGAGGCCAUGGAAGCACGUCUGUUGCUGCAGCUCCAGGACCGGCAGCACUUUGUGGAGAACGAUGAGAUGUACUCCAUCCAGGACCUCUUGGAUGUGCACAUGGGCCGUCUUGGCUGCUCCCUUACUGAGAUCCACACACUCUUCGCCAAGCACAUCAAGCUGGACUGCGAGCGGUGUCAGGCAAAGGGCUUUGUGUGUGAGCUCUGCAGAGAAGGUGACGUGCUGUUCCCAUUUGAUAGCCACACGUCUGUGUGCAUGGACUGCUCCGCGGUCUUCCACAGGGAUUGCUACUAUGACAAUUCAACUACAUGCCCUAAGUGUGCCCGGCUCAACCUGAGAAAGCAGUCGCUCUUCCAAGAGUCUGGUCCAGAUGUGGAUGCUUAGAGUGCUAGGGGAGAACACUGGGCUCUGUGCCUACCCAUCUGGCUUCUGCUCUGUUGGCAUUGCCAAAGUCAGCUCUGGAGACUCCUCCCUGGUGCACCCCCUGGACCUCUUUACCCAACCAGGCCAGAAGGGUAUGAGUGGUGCCCACCAGGACUGCCACUCCCCAGGCGCCAGCUGGGACUUAGUGUGGCUGUACUUCUUGUUACCUAGGUACGCUGUUGUGAGGGGUCAUACUGUGGCCCCUGUCCUUCCCCCAAUGUAGGACACCUUGGGCAAGGGAGCCCCAGGUGUGACUUCACUCCCUCCUGGUACUGAACACUCCAGGCUUCUAGACCCUAGAAACGCCCCUGCUCAUGUUCAGAUCACACUAGCAACUGAUUAGGCCAAGAACCUCAGUGAGUGGCCAGUGAUACCUGAGGAUGCUGGCUGCAUACACCUAGCCUCAUCUGUUGCCAUAAACAAUUUCGGCUCUCUUCCUUCCCAGUACCUUCUCUCUCUGGGGUCAUCUGGUUGUCUGUGGAUGGGGCCAUUCACUGUGGUAUCCCAUGGACCUCUUCAACCUCCUGAGGCUCUUAAUCCUCCUUAGGCAGUCAGUGGGGUUCCUUGAAUAAUGUGAAGUGAAGCAGGCUCUGGAACUCCUCCCUGAAGGGCAUAUCUGCUGCUGCUUCAACCCUUGCCUAGUCCACCUCACUCUGGUGCUUUGAGCUGGGCAGCUAGGGGCUGAGUUCAAGCAAGAUGUCCUGUCCUCUAGGUUUAUAGCAGAAACAAUGUGCCCAGGGGAGGCUCUGGGUUAGGCAAACAAGUUAGUUUCCUACAGUAGGCCUGCAUAGCAGUUCUUGGGACCAGAUUCACCCCUGGAGCUCUGUUCUGCUGCCACCAUGCCUAGGGAGGGCUCUCAGUGACUUGGGGAUAACCUUCCAGUGACUUGGUUUCUAGCCCUGAGGUAAAAAGUUGAGCUUAUUUGCUUAAGGGUGCCCAGGCAGGAGGCUUAGAGCUUAUGUGGGAAGAUCUGGGUCUGGAAAGUGGACAAGGUCUACAGUUCUACAGUGGGGGAAGCCAUACUCAGCCUCCAUGCACCUUAUAAAUUCUGCAGUUGAGGUUGUAGUGUGUGAGGGGAUGUCACAGGAUAAGGCUUCUGUUUUUCAUCCCUGUGAAGGAAGGGUUGCUUGCAUCUGUCCCUUAACUCCUUGUCCUAUGUCGUGUGUGGGUAUGGGAAGCCACACCUGGGCAUUGGGCAGAGGGCACUGAGUGUUGCUGCUUGGAUGUCUCUCACCUUUGACUGAGCCUGAGAGGACAACUCAACCAGCAGGACACAGCUUAGCUUGCCACCCUAUUUAAGGGGUAGAUGAAUAUAGCACCUCUUCUUUGCCCCUUGUGCCAUCAGAUGGCUUAGGCAAUGCUCUUGCUGCCUUUUGUCAGUUUCCCCAUUGGAAAUAGGGGAGAGUGGUAUUGACCUACCUCAAGGUGAAAUAGUAAAAAGUCCUUUAAGAAGUUUGAUGGGUCUGGGUGCUAGUGGCUUACGCCUGUAAUCCUAGCUACUCAGAAGGCUGAGGUCUGAGGAUGGCAGUUUAAAGCCAGUCUGAGCAGGAAAGGCCAUGAGAUUCUUAUCUCCAGAAGU